ACAACGCGCGCUCUUCUGGACGCGGAGAACUGGCGGGACGGCAGUCAAAACAAGUCGACCUCCCGGAAACAGGUUUCUAAAUCGAGUGCAGUGCUAGCGAUGGCCACAAAAGCAAAUUUCAUUGAUAUCGUCAAACUCUUGGUAGAUGCAGGAGUUGACGUCAACUACCAAGAUGAACAAGGCGAAACCGCGUUACAUGUCGCAGCUCGGUUUGGACACCAUAUGUGCGCCAAGAUCUUAUUAGAGGGCAGCCAUGACCAGAAAGCAGACACUGAGUUGGCUGAGCACACGUACUCUUGGACACCGCUCUUUAUUGCAUGUGUUGAUGGAUCUCUGAGUGUUGUGGAUUUGCUGAUCGAGGCUGGUGCCGACCUUGAAAAAGCCGACUCCUCUGGGUGGACGGCGAAGGAACAUGCGGCGUUGAGAGGCCACCUUGACGUCGCUCGACGUCUUGCUGAGGUUACGCCUGAGCCCGAAGCCGCAGAAGCUGAGCCUGUGAUCCAAUCCUAGCACUCCCUCCGGGAGUUCUAGUGCACGGGAUUUUGAACCUGUUAAAUCUUUUGGACAUCGGUAUCUUACCGACGAGGCCAUGAUUUUGGUCAGUCUAGGUACCAUGGAUAUGCACAAACACGCGGAAGCGGUCAACCUUGACCGUAUCCCAAUGGAGAAUGCCCAUUCUACACAGCUUGAUACAGCAUUGUCCAUUGUUGUUUCUGCCAAUGGGGCUCAUGGAGAACCCGAGAUUAUCGACCUGCCCGUCCAAGACAGUAUCUCAACAGAGCCAAUGGUUUUUCACACGGCAGAUCCAACGAAAGUUCGACUCUUGUUUGACCUUGUUCCUACCUAUGCUGGUUCAAAAGAUAAGGUUGUUGGACGUGGAGUGGCGUUGCUUUCUAGCAUAAAACAAACCGUGGGCUCCAACCGUAUAAAUCUGAAGGGUGACUCGACUGUGCCUAUCGUGGCUGCGAACACUCUGGAGGUCAUUGGUACGGUCACAUUCAAUUUUCUUAUAGUCACGCCUUUCAAGCACCCUAACAUGUCCAUCACUGGUGACCAGACAUAUUGGAAGAGUAUGAGCUCGACCAUGGUUAUUGGACACCGAGGGUUGGGUAAGAAUAUGGCCAGCCGCAACUCGUUGCAGCUAGGUGAAAACACGGUGCAGUCAUUCAUUGCAGCCGCGAACCUUGGCGCAUCUUAUGUUGAAUUUGAUGUACAGUUGACGAAGGAUCAUGUUCCGGUCAUUUAUCACGAUUUCCUUGUCAGCGAAACAGGCAUUGACGCCCCUGUUCAUACUCUGACCCUGGAGCAAUUUCUUCAAUUAGGUGAUGGUGGCUCGUCUCGCCGGUCCACGUCCCCAUCUCAAAUAGCAGAUCCUCCUAGACGGGAUGCAAGCACUUUUGCUCCCCGUCAACGCUCAAUGUCGGUUGGUGGUUCUGAGUAUGACCCCGCGGAAUUGAAUGAGAAGAUCAAGCACACCCGUGAUUUCAAGAAGAAGGGUUUCAAAGGCAAUACCCGGGGUAAUCAUAUUCAGGCACCUUUUGCCACAUUGGAAGAGCUUUUUCAGAAGCUGCCAAAGUCUGUUGGAUUUAACAUUGAAUUAAAAUACCCCAUGCUCCAUGAGAGCGAGGAAGAGGAGAUGGAUACCUAUGCGGUGGAACUGAAUUCAUUUGUGGACACCGUUCUCACCAAAACCUACGAAUUAGGUCAGGGGCGCAACAUGAUCUUCUCUAGUUUCAACCCCGACAUUUGCCUAUUGCUGUCCUUCAAACAGCCGUCUAUUCCUGUGCUCUUCUUGACGGACUCCGGUGCCUCGCCUGUUGGCGAUAUCCGCGCCAGCAGUUUACAGGAAGCAGUUCGGUUUGCGUCCAGGUGGAACCUGCUCGGUGUCGUCUCACAGGCCGAACCACUGGUGCUCUGCCCUCGACUUGUUCGAGUCGUGAAGGAGUCAGGUCUGGUUUGCGUCUCUUAUGGAACUCUAAACAACGAGCCUGCGAAUGUAAAGCUCCAAGUUGCCGAAGGAAUUGAUGCGGUCAUCGUCGACUCUGUUCUCGCUAUACGGAAAGGUCUUACGGAACAUCAGGGCAAAGAGAAUUUGCUUACUCCCCAACGAAGCCCACUGGCACAACCUACAGCCAUAGCUCUCAAAGAGUCUCUUCAGAUACCCACUCUCAACCAAGCCGCGCAGAAGGGAAAUCGCCUUCAUAUCAAGUCAGAGGAAGUCAUUUGAGCUUCUGCCACGUAAUAGGCAGUUGAACAUGCUAGCGAGCAGGAAGGCUGAUGCUACAUCUCUUAUACCACUUUUUGCGAUUUAGUGAUCUAUAGGCGCUCAAUGCUGGUUACGCAAUUCAUCUUGACUCAUGCUUGG